GUCGUUUGAAUGCUGGAUGACUGUAGGGAAGAGCGGAUCCCACCCAGGUUAGGCCACAGGAGCAGCGCCAUGUGCUCUGGGCUCCUGGCCCUCCUGCUGCCAAUUUGGCUUUCCUGGACCUUGGCGACCCAAGGCUCUGAGCCCCGCAGCGUGAACGAUCCCGGGAACAUGUCCUUUGUGAAGGAGACGGUGGACAAGCUGUUGAAAGGCUAUGACAUUCGCCUAAGACCCGACUUUGGGGGUCCCCCAGUCUGCGUGGGGAUGAACAUCGACAUCGCCAGCAUCGACAUGGUUUCUGAAGUCAACAUGGAUUAUACCUUGACCAUGUAUUUCCAACAAUAUUGGAGAGAUAAAAGGCUCGCCUAUUCUGGGAUCCCUCUCAACCUCACCCUUGACAAUCGAGUGGCUGACCAGCUAUGGGUGCCCGACACAUAUUUCUUAAAUGACAAAAAGUCAUUUGUACAUGGAGUGACAGUGAAAAACCGCAUGAUCCGCCUUCACCCGGAUGGGACGGUGCUGUAUGGGCUCAGAAUCACCACAACAGCAGCGUGCAUGAUGGAUCUCAGAAGAUACCCACUGGAUGAGCAGAACUGCACUUUGGAAAUUGAAAGCUAUGGCUACACCACAGAUGACAUUGAAUUUUACUGGCGUGGCGGGGACAAGGCUGUCACUGGAGUGGAAAGGAUUGAGCUCCCACAGUUCUCCAUUGUGGAGCAUCGUCUGGUCUCCAGGAAUGUUGUCUUUGCCACAGGUGCCUAUCCUCGACUCUCACUGAGUUUUCGGCUGAAGAGAAACAUUGGAUACUUCAUCCUUCAGACUUACAUGCCCUCUAUACUGAUCACUAUCCUCUCAUGGGUGUCUUUCUGGAUUAACUACGACGCAUCUGCAGCUCGAGUUGCCCUCGGGAUCACAACUGUGCUGACGAUGACAACCAUCAACACACACCUUCGGGAAACUUUGCCCAAAAUUCCCUAUGUCAAAGCCAUUGACAUGUACCUGAUGGGCUGCUUUGUCUUUGUGUUCCUGGCCCUUCUGGAGUAUGCCUUUGUCAACUACAUUUUCUUUGGAAGAGGCCCUCAAAGGCAGAAGAAGCUUGCAGAAAAGACAGCCAAGGCGAAGAAUGACCGUUCAAAGAGUGAAAGCAACCGGGUGGAUGCUCAUGGAAACAUUCUGUUAACAACACUGGAGGUUCACAAUGAAAUGAACGAGGUUACGGGAGGUGAUACCAGGAAUUCACCAAUGACCUUUGACAACUCAGGAGUCCAGUUCAGGAAACAGAGCAUGCCCCGGGAAGGGCAUGGGCGGUACAUGGGAGACAGAAGCAUCCCGCACAAGAAGACCCACCUACGGAGGAGGUCUUCGCAGCUCAAAAUUAAGAUCCCUGAUCUAACCGAUGUGAAUGCCAUAGACAGAUGGUCCAGGAUCGUGUUUCCAUUCACUUUUUCUCUUUUCAACUUAGUUUACUGGCUGUACUAUGUUAACUGAGUGACUGUACUUGAUUUUUCAAAGACUUCAUUUAACACUGAGUGAAAUAUUACCCUGCCUGUCAAGUUUUUAUACCUGUACACACACAGACACACACACAUGCAGACACACACACACACACACAUAUAUACAUACGCAAUUGUAUAUAUAUGUGAACUUUCUCAGCAUAUAUAUAAAAUACACGUGUAUAUGAGGAUGUAUGUGUAUGUGUUUAUACACACAGGUGUGAGCACCCAUGUGUAUGUCAAACAAAUACACAUACAUAUAUACAUUUUGCAGCUAUGGACAAUUUAACACAGGAUGCAUAUGAAAGAAAGUCAUAGUUUUUUCUUUUUUAAUGAAAGGGACAAGUAUCAUCUAAAUAUUUUGCCUUGAGAAUGAGGGUGUGAAACACAAUAUCAUCCCAAAAUGUGUCUUUUAUUAUCAUAAGUUAGAUGUUUUAGUUUAAAAGUCAGAAAGAAAUCCUUAGUUAAUCUUCAGAAACUCAUACAGUGGUAUCUCUAGUUUAAAAUGAGUCACACACUUCAUAUCCUCUCUCUCAGUUUACUGAGUGAAGCCUGCUGGCUUUUCGGUUGAUGGGGUUUGUUUUCAGUGGGUGUACUUUCUCGGUCAUGCUUUAGUGGAUGAGGUGAGUCGCUGGCCAUGCACUUACCUGUUGUCUUAAACGUAGAUAGGUCCCAUGUUGACGUCUGAACAUCCAUCUUUUGAAACCCAUUGGGAGUGAGUGCAUCUCAUUGUAAGUACUCUGAUAUCCAGCAUGUGUGGGUUUUUCAUUGUUGUUGUUGUUCACUCGGAGUGGAUCCAGCUUAACUGUUGUGUGGGAACACGGUGGCACGUUUUGGCAAUGACAUUCAAUCACCAAAAAUGUGCUCUACAUCUCCUACGGAUUUCUAGGCCUGAUAUCCAACAGAAAGCAUAGACGUCUCAGGUUCUUUGUUACUCUAAGGUAAAACCAUCUAGGCUGAUUUUCCCCCUUGCAGUUACGUUAUCAUUCAUUCUUAUAACAUUGUAUGUUACUAUAAAAUAUAUUUGCAUAAUAUGCAUACAUAUGUAUAUUUACCAAGGUUUUGUUUCUUAUGCUUGCUAUCAUGGCAGCAUGCAAUGUCAUAUUUUUCAUUAUGUGAUGUAACUACUUUCUGUUAUCUAGAAAUUAAGAUUGAAGCUAAAACACCUCUACUGUUCGCUUUCAGAAACUAAGAAACAUCCUCAUGCCUUUAUUUCUGUAUCUGACAUGUCUCAUAAGCACAUCCAACUACUCCUAGGCUGACUAGGAUUCUGCAGGAACACUACCAGUACACACCACACAUCACCCAACAACCCAUGACCGUUCUCUGAGGCAAAAGAGGGCAACCUGACAAUUAACACAGUCACUUUUGGUUCCUUCUAUUCCACAGCCUCAUCAGUAUUUGGACUUUUUAAAGCUCGUAGAAACAAGACAAGGUGCACCGGUUUCAUAGACGCAACCUUAACUUACUAUUUAGAUGAGAUCUUUCUAAAGAAAAAAAGAUGAUAUAUUUUUUGUAAACAAUAUUUCUAUCACAGGCAUCCAUAAACUGAAAUGACUACAGUUGUGCAAACAGGUGUCACAGUGAAGUUCAGCAUUUGGAAGACAAAACAAAAAGCAAAACAUGCAGGAAAGAACUGCUAAAUUAAUACUUUAUCCCCAAAUGCCACAUACUCCUCACCCUCUCUGUUCUGUCCAAAAUGAAUGACCAGAAUCUGGUCCAGAGCUCAAAUGACUGGUGUCAGCUUUUUCCAAAUAGGUAGAGGCACUGCCCUCCCUGAGGAUGGGUGUGGUGUGUGGACUGUCACCAUGAGCGGACCACGACUUGAUUUUUCUUUGGUGGCCAUAGCAACCUUUAAUUUGUGGGAGUCCGUGACAGUUCACAACCCACCAUCAGAGAAAACAUGAUCCACAAAAUCUCAUGCUAGAGUCAAUUACCAAUUUUUAUACCCGUUUCCCUCCUUCAUUCCUUUCUUCAGCAUCUUCUCCCAACUGCUGCUCUCUGGUUUUAUUUUUGUCGGGAGAUGAGCCAGUGAUAUCUUGGUCUUUGGCUUCUCUCUGGCAAUUUUUUUUUUCAUGGGUAACAAUGGGGGAAUCCUAAAAGUUCAACAGAUUGGGGAAAACCUUGUAAGUGGCCUUAUCAUUGUUAACAUGUAAAAGAAAAAAAAAACACACACAAAACAAAACAUUUGAAAAGACCUUAUCCCUUUCAAUACUUCAGGUAUCUUUUUUUCUGUAUCCAGUAAUUAAAGAUGUGAGCUACACAUGAGGAAGAGGGACCCCAUGAUGCAAACGAACCUGGACAAAAGCAGUUGAUGAUGGAUUUAAGUGUAUAAUUUAUACUAUUCAGAACUGUGACAUUAAUUCUUUCUGGGACAAAAGAUAUUCAAACAUUUUUUUGAUGCACAGUUGAGGUACCCAAAUAUCAAAGGCAGAGACCCCAUGGGGCUCAAAAGAGCAGCAGUCUACUUCCCAAGGUUUUCUGGAUUUAAAUUUGCAUGGUAUAGUCAUAAUAGCUUUUGAGCUUUUUAUAUGCAUUUGGCACCAAGACUGGGAUCCACAACUUUGUAGACACUGCGAUGAAGUUAACAUAAUAGCUAUACUAUAAAUAGUGUUUGUAACUACACACACAUACACACACACACAUACAUACAUAUAUUCUGUAAAAAAAAACGACGACAACAAAACACAACUUUUUAAGAUCCUUGGGUAUGUGUUUGCUUUAUCCAUUUCAGAAGGAAAUUACUUUUCUUCUAAUGAAAUUAUUUUAUAGCUUCUCCAUUUUUAAAAGUUGUGAGAAAUAUUGAAAGAAGAGAAUUCUGGCUGUGUUAACACAAAAGAGUUGAAUCUGAUUCUCGGUUCUGUUAAAAAUGACCUCUCAUUACUCCACAGUAGGUAUUGGAGCCAGCGAGUGACAGUGUUAAGGAGUUCUGAACCCGGAUCUCUGACAUUAAAGUGAGGUGGCUGUUGCCCAUACCCAGACCUCUUGAGUAAGGAGAGAAAAGUUUAAUUUGGAAACAAAUGAAAUUUCUUUCUCAACAACUGAAAGGAAUAAACUGUUAAUUUUCUCAGUAGUCCUGUCUCCAAAAUGCUUCACAGGGGGCUCAAAAUGUACAGAGGAAUCUUAUGAUGACAGUUUGCUAUUUCCCAUAUUCAAACGUUCUAGAGACGAUUCAAGAGCCCUCCUACAUAAAUCCCUCCAGAGAAAGACUGAUCAGACUUGAGUCAUCUUCAGAACAAGUGUCAUUCCUGUUCACCGACCCCAGGACUGUCGAGGGGUUUCACUGUCUAUACCAUGACACACUCAUUUCCCCCCUUGAAUCUCAAAUGAACUAGAAAGUAUGUCAUGAUAAUAUUCCCUUCAGGUUUUAAAGUGACAUGUCCAUCUGCAGUAUCGUGUGUUUCUAAUGCCAGCACUGGAACUUUGACAUCUUCUGUCACUCCCAUCAAAGGCACUUCUCUCCUGUCCAAACAUGGAACUGACAUUUCCACCAAGGAGAUCAUCUCAGAGGGGAUGCCAAACAAGUUGGGGACAGAUUUUAAGGGAACAGGCACAUGGCAGUGGUAGGUGUUCAUGUUCAGCAUCUAGUAGGUAAACCAUUGGUGUUUGUCCUAUAAGGGUAUGUUCUAAAAAGAGAUGUUUCCAACUUUAAGUCUCCUGGCUUGAAAGUAUAAAUCAUUCCAUCAUUCUUAAUUUAACUCUCCACCUGAAACCAGUUCCUAUUUCUGGCCAUUUUAUGAAAGCCAAAUUUAAAAAUUGGUGAAAUCUUUGUUACUCUUGAAUCUAGGUUGGCUCUCAUCUUAGUGUGAGACCUCCAUGAGAGUAACAUUGAAUUUGGGGCAAAGAGUUGCCCAGGUGGAAUAAAUUUUCCCAGGACACUAGCUAGUGUGCCUUGGAUUGAUUACCUCUUCUACUGCAUUGAAAGGUGCCAUGUUUUCCUGAAUUACUAAAUUCCCAACACCUGGGUAAACAGUGGCCUCCCAGAGAGUGGCUCAGGUACCAUGCCUCUCCCUGGGGACAGCCCCAUGAACAUGUUUUGUCAUUCUUGUCUCAUUUUUCUACUUCACAAGUCAGUGAGUGUGUUCAAGGUAAGUACAGAAUUAUUCUAGUAGGAAUAGAUGAUUGCUGUCAUGAUCAAUUCCCAUGUUGAUUUCAUUUCAUUGUAAAGAUAAAUUUAAACCCGGUUUUGCUUAAGCACAUUGAUGUAAUUUUUGGUAUUAUUUGACAUGAAAAAAACAGCAAAAUUGAGUGAUAGAUACAAUAUGAAACUUGUUGAUGAAUGAAUUCAAAUUUAUUAAAAAAGGACUAACUGA